AUGGACUUUUCGGUGGCUGUCGAUGAGUUGCGAGCCGGCGAGCCCGUCGCGUUCCCAUCAGAUGCCAACACUCUCCAGUUCGCAUCAGCACUGGAUGCACAAGACCCCAUCAAUCUGCGCGACCAGUUCAUUCUGCCGACAAGAGCAUCCCUGAAAAAGAAGGCGCUCAAUGGUACAAUUCCGGCUGUCUCAAACUCACCAUCGAGUGACGAUGACACAGCCUGCAUCUACUUUGUCGGCAACUCCUUAGGGGCCCAGCCCAAAGCCAUCCGCAAGUGCCUGGAUGCUCAACUUGAGACAUGGGCUUCCAUCGGAGUCAAUGGCCACUUCAGCGACAUGGAAGACUCGCCUCUGACCUCGUGGCAAGACAUGGCCGAGGACUGCGCCAAGAAAUCGGCGGACAUUGUGGGCGCGAACCCUAGCGAGAUCGUCAUCAUGAACACCCUGACGAUAAACCUGCAUUUGAUGAUGGCUAGCUUCUACAAGCCCGAGGGGAAGAGGAACAAGAUUAUUCUCGAGUGGAAGCCCUACACAAUCGAAUCCCAAAUUCGUUGGCAUGGUCUCGAUCCUGCCGAGACCAUGGUUCAGAUUCAGCCAAACGAGGAUUAUUACAUCUCCACUGAAGAAAUCUUGGCUACGAUCGACAAGCAUGCCGACGAGACCGCCCUGCUUCUUCUUCCCGGUAUCCAGUUCUACAGCGGCCAGCUCUUCGAUAUGAAGCGCAUCACCGCCCACGCGAAGGCAAAGGGAAUAGUAGUUGGCUGGGACCUCGCCCACGCCGCUGGCAACGUCGAACUCUACCUCCAUGACUGGAACGUCGACUUUGCAUGCUGGUGCACAUACAAGUACAUCAACGCGGGACCCGGAUCCAUUGCAGGCGCCUUCGUGCACGAAAAGCACGGCAAGGUCGACUUUAGCGCGGGUACCCAGACUUGGCAGUUUAGGGAUCGGCUGGCGGGAUGGUACGGUCAUGAUAAGAGGACACGUUUCAACAUGGACAACAAGUUUCAACCGACGGUUGGUGCGGGCGGAUACCAGGUUUCGAACCCGUCAGCGAUUGACCUGGCUUCACUGACGGGAGCGUUGUCGGUGUUUGCACAAACAAAGAUGAAGACGUUGAGGUCAAAGGCGUUGCUGCUGACUGCGUAUGCGGAGCACCUCCUGAACAAGAUUCUGGUGGAUAAACCGGGAGCUUUCCGGAUCAUCACCCCUAAGAACCCGUUAGAGAGGGGCACACAACUCAGUGUGCUGCUUAAGGAGGGACUACUUGAUGAUGUGAGCCGGGAUCUGGAGGCUGCGGGCGUUAUUUGCGACAAGAGAAAGCCUGGUGUUAUUCGGGUUGCGCCUGUACCCCUAUACUGCACUUUUACGGAUGUGUGGAAGUUUAUGGACGUGCUUCGGAAUACUUUGACGAACUGA